UAAAAUUACUAUGGACAAAAUUCAAAAAUAUGAAUUCGUAAAGAAGUCUAGAGAGUACCUUGAUGAAAAAAAGGUAACAGCUCUUUUCAAGAACUUAACAAAGCAAUUAUUGAUUCAUCGUCCUGACUCCCCAAUUGAUUUCUUGAUUAACAGGAUCAAUAAGAAAGAACCUAUCAGAGUAUUCUUGAUAGGAGCUCCAGGAAGUAUCGCCAAGAUGCUUGCAAGAAGGAUUAGCAAAGAAGUAGAGUUCACUACUAUUUCUGCAGGAGAGCUUAUGAAGAAGGAAAGCAAUAGAAGUAUUAACCCUGCUGAAGUGAAAGAGGAGAUUGAUCAAUUCAGAGUUGUCUGAGAUUCCAAUCUUCCAUCCAUAAUUAAGAACAAUAUUCUUAAAUGUGAGAGUGAAGGAAAGAAUUGGAUCUUGGAAGGGUUCCCUAGAACUAAAACUCAGGUGCUGAACCUUCAAAGGAUCGGAAUUAUUCCUGAUAUCAUUGUAUUCCUUGAAGUUGAAAGAGAAGCCUCAUUUGAAAAGAUCAAGAGAAAUAUUACAGACUCUGACUCAACCAUCACUGGAGAUGAAAUAGAUGUAGCUGCAGAGAAGAUAUUACAAGAAUAUGAAUUGCAGUUGGCUCAAGUAAAAGAAUCUUACAGUAAAUUCGUGAAUGUGUUCCCUAAAACAAAACCAAUGGAUGAGAUGGAGAAAGACUUGUUAGAAAUGGUCAAGCUCAAAGCUGACGACCCCCUACUUCCUCCAGGAAUUAAGAUCAUAAAGGAAGAGACGGAGGAAGAGAUAGAAGAGUAA